AUGUCGGUGUAUCCAGGCUGCCCCUGGAUGACCGUGGGGAGCACGUUUGUCCCUCUCAGCGAAGGCCUUUCUGUUAGGCCAUCGGGGUUUAAGCUGAGCUGGCGAGACAGGCAAUGGGGAACGCAGCCUCCUGCCCAUCAGGAGCUCGGCAGGCGACGGCCCAUGAUGCAGUGGUGUAACUCUACCGAGAAUGAGUCAGAGACAAAGGAGGGUGAAGAGGAGGAAGAGGAGGGAGAUGAGGAAGGCAUGUCGUCUCCCAGUGACCCCGUGGUUUCUGCAGCAACUCGUGCCAAGCAGCUGGCGGCCCGACUCAGAGCCACAGCCCAGAAGGUCCUGAGGGACCUGGGCCGGAUCCUGGCCAUCACCCUGCUGGCCCUGGCUGGCAUCACCUUACCCUCGGCCUUCUCUGCAAUCUACUUCCUGCUUUUCAUCGGCGUGUGCACGUGGUGGGCCUGCCACUUUCCCAUCAGCCACCUAGGCUUCAACGUGCUGUGUGUGAUGGUGGGCUUUUUCACGGCGGGCCACCUGGUGUGUCUCUACCUGUACCAGUGCCCCAUUGCCCAGGGCAUCUUCCCCCCUGCCAGCCUGUGGGCCAGACUGUUUGGCCUCAAGGAUAUCAUCAAACCUGGUAACUGCUCCACCUCCUAUGACCUCAUCCUUAACACGGAGCAUGAUUGGCCGGUGUAUGUCAACCCCGGGAUCCUGCUUCUCCUGUACAUCACCGUGGCGACGGUCCUGAAGAUCAGCAGCCACCGUGGAUCGGCUGACAAGGGUGAGGAGGGGCACCAGCUAGUCAAAGGAACAGAGGCUGGAGGAGGAGAGGUGGAACUGAAGCCCUGGUCCGCUCAGAGACGACCCAGCCAGGGCGACACUGAGGUGGGCAUGAGAUACCUGAUAAACACGCUUCAGUCUAUAGAGAGCACAGUAGACGGCGUCACCAAUGGCUCCAGUCAUCAGGACUUGGACCCAGGGCACAGUAGCGCCCCUGAUGGACAGCACGGGGACCACCCUCUGCACCUGCUGGGUAGAGUGGUCAUGCAGCAGAGCUACGUGUGUGCUCUCAUCGCCAUGAUGGUGUGGAGCAUCACCUACCACAGCUGGCUGACGUUCGUGCUGCUGCUGUGGGCGUGUCUGAUCUGGAUGCUGCGUGCGAGGCGCCACUUCGCCAUGCUGUGCUCUCCCUUCAUCCUGCUCUACGUCCUGGCCCUCUGCUUCCUGCAGUACGUCUGGGCCAUGGACCUGCAGCCGGAGCUGCCCCGCACCGUGGGCACCAUGAGCCUCAGGCAGCUGGGUCUGGACCGAGCCCAGUACCCCUGCCUCCGCCUGGGGGCCAUGCUGCUGUACACGCUGACGUUCUGGCUGCUCCUGCGCCAGUCAGUGAAGGACAACUUCAGCAGGAAGAAGGGCGGGUCUGCCCCUCUACAGGAGGUCACCACUGGAGAGGGGAGCGGGCAGAACGAGUCGGUUCUGAAGGUUGUGGGCAGACUGGUGAUGAGCUGCUAUGCCAAGUACUGGAUCUAUGUGUGUGGAGGCAUGUUCAUCAUGGUCAGCUUCGCGGGCAAGCUGGUGGGCUACAAGAUCAUCUACAUGCUGCUCUUCCUGCUUUGCCUCUGUCUCUACCAGGUGUACUACUCUCUGUGGAGGAGGCUGCUCAAGGUUUUCUGGUGGCUGGUGGUGGCCUACACCAUGCUGGUCCUUAUCACCAUCUAUACCUUCCAGUUUGAGGACUUCCCUGCCUACUGGAAGAACUUCACCGGCUUCACUGAAGAGCAGCUGGCUGACAUCGGCCUGGAGACCUUUAAGCUGACCGAGCUGUUCACCAGCAUCCUGAUCCCAGGCUUCUUCCUGCUGGCCUGCAUCCUGCAGCUGCACUACUUCCACAAACCCUUUAUGGGGAUCACAGACCUGGACCACGUCAUGCCCAUACACAGGAAGAGGAACAGGCACAGACCAGAGGUCCGCCGCUGUGAUGAUGGGGCUGUGUUUGAGGAGGAUGACCUGGUGACGGAUCUGAGGGAUGACGAAUCAGAGGAUGAUGAGAUGAUGCCCAGUAAGUGGGGUUUGGUGGUGAACAGGCUGGUAGUUCUGUUCAGGAAGUUAUCUGACACGCUGACCCAGAUCCAAGUGUUAAUCUGGAGGGUCCUGGAGCUGCACAUCCUCAAGAUGGUGGCCUUUUUCGUGGUCUGGGUGGCUCUGGGUGAGCCGUCUGUGAUGAACCUGGUUCUGGUGGUGCUCUGGGCGUUUGCCAUGCCCUACUCCCGCUUCCGUCACAUGGCUUGCUGUCUGUCCACCGUCUGGGUCUGCAUCAUCAUCGUCUGCAAGAUGCUCUACCAGCUCAGCAUCGUCGACCCUGUCGAGUACUCCAACAACUGCACUGUGCCCUUGGCCAAUGAAACCAAUCUGAAAGAUGCUGAGGUCCUGAACUCCACUCUGUACAGAGAGCCUGUAGACCCAGCCAACUGGUUUGGCUUCAGGAAGGAUGCCACCGUGCUGGGCUAUAGCAAGAACCACCUGCUGGUGCUGAUGCUGCUGGUGUUUGAGGCCACAGUGAACCGCCACCAGGACCACCACUACAGGCAGCAGCAGAGGUCCCCUCCCGUCAUCCCAGCCAUCUUCCCCCAGGCCACCAGAGACACCCUGGACCAGGGUUUGCUGGCCUGCAUCAAGUACCUACUCAACUACAGCUUCUACAAGUUUGGCCUGGAGAUCUGCUUCAUGAUGACGGUGAAUGUGAUUGGCCAGCGGAUGAACUUCCUAGUCAUAAUCCAUAGCUGUUGGUUGGUGGCCAUCAUGGUGCGGCGUCGCCGGGCGGCCAUCGCUCAGAUCUGGCCCAAGUACUGCCUGUUCCUCAGCAUCUUUAUGAUCUACCAGUACAUACUGUGUGUGGGCAUUCCCCCUGCACUCUGUAUAGACUACCCCUGGCGAUGGAACACCCCCGUCAUAAUCAACUCAGCACUCAUCAAAUGGAUCUACCUCCCAGACUUCUACACCAUCCCCAACUCCAAGAAUCUCAUUGCGGACUUUGUCCUCCUGAUGUGUGCCUCUCAGCAGUGGAAGGUGUUUGAGGAUGAGAAGAGGGAGGAGUGGAUGGUUCUGGCUGGGGAGAACACAGACGACCCUAACCCCAUGGACGAGCGACCUUUCAACCCUGCCCCCAACUUCAUCAACUGCAGGUGUUACCUGGACAUGGCCAAGGUGCUGGUGUUCCGACACAUGUUCUGGUUUGUCUUGUCGGUGGUGUUUGUGACAGGGGCCACCAGGAUCAGUGUGUUCGGCCUGGGCUACCUGCUGGCCUGCUUCUUUUUCCUGCUCUUCGGCACCAAGCUGCUCAGGAAGCCCUCCCGCACGCGCCUGGUCAUGUGGGACUGCCUCAUCAUCUACAACGUGGCCGUAAUCAUCUCCAAGAACAUGCUGUCUAUCUUGGCCUGUGUGUUUGUGGUGGAGAUGCAGAGAGGUUUCUGCUGGGUGAUCCAACUCUUCAGUCUGGUCUGCACAGUGAAGGGCUACUAUGACCCUAAGAGUGUGAGCGAUAAGGCGUGUACUCUGCCUGUAGAGGAGGCAGGGAUCAUCUGGGACAGUAUCUGCUUCUUCUUCCUCCUGCUGCAAAGGAGAGUGUUCCUCAGCUGCUACUUCCUGCAUGUGACAGCCGACCUGCAGGCCUCUGCCCGCCAAGCCUCCCGGGGCUUUGAGCUGUUCAGGGCCAGCAUUGUGAAGAACAUGCGCUUCCACCAGGAAGUAGAGAAGAAGUCCCUCUCGCAGCUCAAGAGAUCGAUGGAACGGAUCCGCUCCAAACAGGAGAAGUGUAAAGAGGGCCAUCGGAAGUUGGACACCAAGGCGGAUCCGGCAUCAGAGCCACAGAGGGAAAAGAGAAGCCACAAGCGUGGCAAGAAGUGGCAAGAGCCCUGGCUGGACCAUGCUAAAGUGUUGCAUUCUGGGGAUUACUACUUGUUUGAGUCAGACAGUGAGGAGGAAGAAGAACUAUUUUCAGAAGAAAAAAAGCCUCAGAAACAGACUGCCUUUCAGCUGGCGUACCGGGCGUGGGUGACCAGCGCCAAGGCAACACUGAGGGAACGCCAGGAGAGACAGAAAGAACAGAGGAGGCUGGAAAGAGAGGAGAGACGGCAGAGGGAACAGGACAGCUCUCCAGCAUCAGGUCAUGAAGGUAGUCUUGAAUUUGAAGAAAGUAUCUCACACGAAGGGAUAGAUGACAAUGACGAACUUGAAGGAGAGGGCUCAGGGAAGGCAGACAUCGUGCAGAGGAUCCUGGACAUCCUCAUGUUGCUGUGGAUCGUGUUCCUGGCCAUGGUGGAUGGCCUAACAGAGUGGCUCAACCUCAUCACCAAGCAGUACGUGGACACCUCCACCGUGCUGUGCAACGAACGCUACCACCUCAUACACAACGUCAGCCAGGGAUCUCUGAGGGAGCCCAUGGAGGAUCAGCUGUCCCAGGGCAGCGAGAGCCCCACUAUGGAGACCUGUCUGGGAGACAUAGAGGGAGACACGGACCACGUGAAUAGAACCAGUGCCACCAGUGGGUUGGAGCUGGAGGAGCUGAGCGAGCGUGAGCUGAGUGAGCGUGAGCGUCACAGCGGCACCACCCUGUGUUGUUCAGAGCCCACUUUGGAGCUGCUGGGGGUGGAGCCAGAACCACAGCGCAUAAGCCGCUACCGCCACUCCAGGACCGCCAGCGAGAUGCUCACUGACCGGCAGUUCUUUGUGGAGGAGCUGGUCCAGUGUAGAGAGUUCUACUCCUCUCAGAACCGCCUGCUGAAGCUGCAGUUUGCCCUGUACAACCUCCUGGCUGCCAACUCAGAGCUGGUGUGCUACUUCAUCAUCGUGCUCAACAACAUGGUGACGGCCUCUGUCAUCUCAGUGGUGCUGCCCAUCCUCAUCUUCCUCUGGGCCAUGCUGGCCGUGCCACGCCCCACCAAGAAGUUCUGGAUGACCGCUAUUGUCUACACUGAGGUCAUGGUGGUGGUAAAGUACCUGUUCCAGUUUGGUUUCUUCCCGUGGAACAGUGUAUAUGAGCUCACGCUGAACGAGGACAAGCCUUUCUUCCCACCUCGUAUCCUGGGCCUGGAGAAGACUGAUAACUACAUCCGCUAUGAUCUGCUGCAGCUGCUGGCUCUCUUCUUCCAUCGCUCACUGCUACAGCGGUAUGGCCUGUGGGACCAGGAAUGUGCUCUGGAGGAGAAGCCCUCGCGGCCAUCAAAGGAGGCCAACAAGAAGGAGGGAGGAGAAGGGGUGGAGGUUCUUGUCCAUCCCAGCCCAGGACCCAGCCUCAUGGACCUGGAGGAACUCAAACCGGACAAGAACCAGAAGGCCGAACCAGAGCCUGAACCAGAGCCCAGCACCAGCGUAGCCCCUACCCCAGAGCCACCCAGCCUGCCUGUGGAGGGACCCAAGAAGAAGGGCAGCAUCAUGCGCUUCCGCAAGAAAAAACAAAUAAGCAAAGAAGCCUUAGAUAUCAAGUCUGAGAAGAAGGAGCAGAAGAAGAAACAGAAGGGUAAGCGUAGAGAGGCAGCCAGUAAGAAGCUGAUAGCAGUGGGAGAGAAGAUCAAGCACUUCACCAUCACCACUGUGCGGGAUGUCUACAAGCCUUGUCACGAAUUCAUCAGUGACAUUUUACAUGCGCCGUACCGUGCUGCCACUGAUGUCUACGCCCUCAUGUUCCUCACUGACGUGGUGGAUUUCAUCAUCAUUGUCUUUGGGUUCUGGGCCUUUGGAAAACACUCGGCCGCAGCAGACAUUGCCUCCACGCUGUCAGAGGACCAGGUGCCCGAGGCCUUCCUGGUGAUGCUGCUCAUCCAGUUCAGCACCAUGAUCAUCGACCGAGCCCUCUACCUCCGCAAGACCGUCCUGGGCAAGCUCAUCUUCCAGAUCAUCCUGGUGUUCGGCAUCCACCUCUGGAUGUUCUUCAUCCUGCCUGCUGUCACUGAGAGGAUGUUCAGUCAAAACUCGGUGGCUCAGCUCUGGUACUUCUUCAAGUGUAUCUACUUUGCCCUGUCGGCCUAUCAGAUCCGCUGUGGCUACCCCACCCGGAUCCUGGGCAACUUCCUCACUAAGAAGUUCAACCACCUCAACCUCUUCCUCUUCCAAGGGUUCCGCUUGGUGCCUUUCCUGGUGGAACUCCGGGCAGUGAUGGACUGGGUGUGGACUGACACCACUCUGUCCCUCUCCAACUGGAUGUGUGUGGAAGACAUCUACGCCAACAUCUUCAUCAUCAAGUGCAGCCGUGAGACAGAGAAGAAAUACCCUCAGCCCAAAGGCCAGAAGAAGAAGAAGAUAGUGAAGUAUGGGAUGGGAGGACUCAUCAUCUUCUUCCUCAUCUGCAUCAUCUGGUUCCCGCUGCUCUUCAUCUCAUUGGUCAGAUCAGUUGUGGGCGUGGUCAAUCACCCUGUGGAUGUCACAGUGACUGUCAAGCUAGGAGGAUAUGAGCCCUUGUUCACCAUGAGUGUCCAGCAGCAGUCCAUUCAGUCCUUCACUGAGGAGGACUACAACAAACUCACCACCAACUUCUAUGACAAUGCUAGGGCUAUGCAGUUCAUCACCCUCUACAGCUAUGAGGACAUAGUGACAGCUAAGAUCGAGGGCAGUUCAGGGUCAGUGUGGAGGAUCAGCCCACCAAGUCGACAGGAGGUGGUCAAGGAGCUGCUGGGCAGCCCUGUGGACAUGACCCUACGCCUGGCCUGGACCUUCCAGAGGGACCUUGGCAAGGGCGGCACUGUGGAGCACACAUCUGACAAGUACUCCAUCGAUCUGGAUCCAGGCAACCCGGUCAGAGCAGACCUGGCUUCACUGCUAGUGGGGAACCGCACAGACCCAGUACGCGUGCCUCACAUGUUCCCCAACUAUAUCCGAGCACCGAACGGAGCCGAGGCCAAACCAGUCGACCAGCUGUAUGAAGGUGACGAGGAGGGCUACCAGGAUGUAACACUGUCUCUGAUGAGGGACCGCUCUCUGAACAGCACCCAUGGGGCCCAGGAGUGGUGGGACAUCAGCAUCGCCGACUGUCCUCCGUCCACAGGGGCCUGCGGCGUCCUGCCCAUGGUCAUCUUCAACGACAAAGUCAGCCCCCCCAGCCUAGGUUUCCUGGCAGGAUAUGGGAUCAUGGGUUUGUACGUGUCUGUGGUGCUGGUGAUCGGGAAGUUUGUGAGGGGCUUCUUCAGUGAGAUCUCACACUCCAUUAUGUUUGAGGAGCUGCCCUGUGUUAACCGUAUCCUCAAGCUGUGCACAGACAUCUUCCUGGUCAGGGAGACAGGAGAGCUAGAGCUGGAAGAGGAGCUCUACUCCAAACUCAUAUUCCUCUACCGCUCACCAGAGACUAUGAUUAAGUGGACAAGAGACAAGCUAUCAAGUGACAAUCGCUAGCCCCCCUCCCCCCCAGCUGUCCUUUCCCACCCAGAGCACCCCUGGUUGGGGUUGUCUCACACACAGGGGUGCCUCUACCUGGUCUUCUUCUAAGACCCAAUGCUAGCUCAAGUGGGUCUAGUUUCACUGUGCACUAACCCCUUCUCUUAACCAGGGGGAAAGGGAUGUUUUGUCUGUUUCUGUACACUAAAAGAGUGCUAUUUGCCUCUGCUGGUGGGCUGUACUGAGAAGACAGUGAGCCAGAGGCUGUGUGACAGCCAAGGGUCUGCUCCAGUGCCUGUCCCCUGGUUAUGGAAGGAUUGGCCAACUCCGUCUGUUUUGCCUCUCCAAUCAGAAGGGCAGGUUAGAUGCUUUGCACUUUGCCCACAGACAAAAGCCAGGCUCCUCUUGUCUUAUUGCCUGUGUUCCAACAAAGAUCGGCUUCUGAAUGAGGUGUGAUGGCCGGCUCGACCUACAGACACUACCCCUUAAUGAAGAGCCAGGCCACCAGACAGGUCAGAGGCUGGAUCCUCACUACGCUGACCAGUACAGUGUGGACUAAUGCAGCGCCAAAGGGGCCAAUUUGAGCGAAAAAGGACCCAAAGUAGGGUGUUUGUAUCUAAUCAAAACAUUAUUAGAUCAUAUGGGGCGGCAAGGUAGCCUAGUGGUUAGAGCGUUGGACUAGUAACCGGAAGGUUGCAAGUUCAAACCCCCGAGCUGACAAGGUACAAAUCUGUCGUUCUGCCCCUGAACAGGCAGUUAACCCACUGUUCCUAGGCCGUCAUUGAAAAUAAGAAUUUGUUCUUAACUGACUUGCCUGGUUAAAUAAAGGUCAAAAAAAAUAUUCAGCCAAAUCUUUGAAUCUUACUCAAACUGUUUACAAAUUGAAACACUUCAGUUGGGAGGAAAGCUAACUUUGUACAUUGCAACAAGUUACAGUCUUAUUGAUGGCAAGACUUGAAUCUUACAUUUUUUUACAAGUGUAAAAUAUAUUGUGGUUAAAUGAGAGUAUAGCGACACUGUACAGAGUAAAGACUGAAGCAUCCAAAAUGUCUCCAUGCUGGACUAACGCAUCAGGCAACAUUAGCCCCAUUUCUAGAAAAUGUCGUGCUAGAGUAGUUUGCAAAUUGUGACACUAUACAGGAAACACAUCUACCAUUGUGCCUUAAAUCUUUUUUUCUGAAUUGUUACAAUAUGGUUCAACCAUUGCUUGAGUAGUUGCCAAUAUGCAUAAAUCUAUAUGCAAAAACGGAAAACCAAAACCUUUCAUAACUUUAAUAAACAUGUGUUUUACUUUA